ACCACCGCUCACUCCAACUUCACUGUCCACGUCCACGAUGCUCACCUCGCGCGGCGUCCACCGUCUCUCUCGUAGAGCACUGCAGAGUGCGAAGAGGACAAACGCGUUCUUCUCCACUGCUGUCGCCGCGCCCGCCAUUGCCAGGGCUGCGUCCGCUCCUUCCUCAUCACAACGCGCCCUCCCCCGCUAUGCCCCCGCGUCGCAGUCUGCACGCUCUUACGCGACCGAGGCGACUGGCACCACUGGCCACGUAAAGACCGUCAUCGGUGCUGUUGUUGACGUGCAGUUCGAGACUGAAAACCUUCCCCCCAUUCUCAACGCGCUCGAGGUCGUUGACUUCCACGGUGGUCGUCUCGUCCUCGAGGUCGCCGCCCACCUCGGUGAGAACUCGGUCCGCACCAUCGCUAUGGACGGUACCGAGGGUCUCGUCCGUGGUCAGAAGGUCGUCGACACGGGUGCCCCCAUCCGUAUCCCCGUCGGUACUGCCACCCUCGGCCGUAUCAUGAACGUCAUUGGCGAGCCCAUUGAUGAGCGUGGUCCCAUCAAGGGCGUCAAGCUUUCUCCCAUCCACGCUGACCCCCCCGCGUUCGUUGACCAGUCGACUACCGCUGAGGUCCUGGAGACCGGUAUCAAGGUCGUUGACCUCCUCGCACCAUACGCUCGUGGUGGAAAGAUCGGUCUUUUCGGUGGUGCUGGUGUCGGCAAGACCGUGCUCAUCCAGGAGCUCAUCAACAACGUCGCCAAGGCGCACGGUGGUUUCUCCAUCUUCUGCGGUGUCGGUGAGCGUACCCGUGAGGGCAACGAUCUCUACCACGAGAUGAUCGAGACCGGUGUCAUCAACCUCGAGGGUGACUCUAAGGUCGCUCUUGUCUUCGGUCAGAUGAACGAGCCCCCUGGUGCCCGUGCCCGUGUCGCACUUACUGGCCUCACCAUUGCGGAGUACUUCCGUGAUGAGGAGGGCCAGGACGUGCUUCUCUUCAUUGACAACAUCUUCCGAUUCACCCAGGCCGGUUCGGAGGUGUCUGCUCUGCUCGGUCGUAUCCCCUCUGCCGUCGGUUACCAGCCUACGCUCUCGACGGACAUGGGUGGCAUGCAGGAGCGUAUCACCACCACCAAGAAGGGUUCCAUCACCUCUGUGCAGGCCGUGUACGUUCCCGCUGAUGAUUUGACGGAUCCUGCCCCGGCUACGACUUUCGCCCACUUGGAUGCCACGACUGUAUUGUCGCGUUCGAUUGCUGAGCUUGGUAUCUACCCUGCGGUCGACCCUCUCGACUCUAAAUCCCGUAUGCUCGACCCUCGUAUCGUCGGCCAGGAGCACUACGAGGUCGCGACUGCCGUCCAGAAGAUCCUUCAGGACUACAAGUCGCUCCAGGAUAUCAUUGCUAUCCUGGGUAUGGACGAGUUAUCUGAGGAGGACAAGCUCACUGUUGAGCGUGCGCGUAAGAUCCAGCGUUUCAUGUCGCAGCCCUUCGCUGUCGCGCAGGUCUUCACUGGUUUCGAGGGCCGUCUUGUGCCCCUCAAGGACACCGUCCGCUCCUUCAAGGAGAUCCUCUCCGGCGCACAUGACAACCUGCCCGAGUCGGCCUUCUACAUGGUCGGCACUAUUGAGGAUGUCAAGGCGAAGGCCGAGCAGCUCGCGAAGGAGAUUGGCGAGUCGUCAUGAGCGGAUGCUUAGCCUAUAGUACUAGCUUGUUCUCUGGCGGACCGGCGACAACGACGACAGUGACGACGUGACGUGUCAUACGGUGGUGCAGGGCUGGCUCCUUUUACCUUAGACCUUGCAUUACCAAUAAAAUGAACCGCAUCUGCUAAUUCUCGACAUUCCCAUGUGCCUCUUUCGUACUGCCGUGCUCUGUUCGGAUGUUGUUUGCAUUAGUCGUAGAGUCACCGUAAGACAAGAAAUAGAUACAUGGUUUGCCCAUGCGGUCC